CCGAAGCGGACAGGACGCGCCGCUCUCAGCUGGGAGAGAUGGAGGACGACGAGAAAAAGGAUGAUAACAACUUCUCCAAGAGCGACAGGGUCACUCUGAAAAAGGAGAUUGGACUUUUAAGUGCCUGCGCUAUUAUCAUUGGGAACAUCAUCGGCUCGGGAAUUUUCAUCUCUCCUAAAGGAGUGCUGGAACAUGCAGGCUCAGUGGGGCUGUCGCUCAUCGUCUGGGUGCUGGGAGGGGGGAUCUGCGCCUUGGGGUCCAUGUGCUACGCCGAACUGGGCGUCACCAUCCCAAAGUCCGGAGGAGACUACUCCUACGUGACGGAAAUCUUCGGCGGGCUGGUGGGCUUCCUGCUGUUAUGGAGCGCCGUGCUCAUCAUGUAUCCGACCACGCUGGCCGUCAUCGCCCUCACCUUCUCCAACUACGUCCUGCAGCCGGCCUUCCAGAACUGCCUGCCUCCGUACAUCGCCACCAGGCUGCUGUCCACCAUCUGCAUCUUAUUCCUGACCUGGGUGAACUGCUCCAGUGUUCGCUGGGCAACAAGGAUCCAGGAUGUUUUCACCAUUGGAAAACUCCUCGCUCUGGGACUCAUCAUAGUGGUGGGACUGGUCCAGAUCUGCAGAGGUUACUAUGACGCCCUGCGGCCCAGCGUGGCGUUUCAGUUCCACGAGGAUCCAUCGGUGGGCCAGAUCGCGUUGGCUUUCCUCCAGGCCUCCUUCGCCUUCAGCGGCUGGAACUUCCUCAACUAUGUGACUGAGGAAGUGGUGGAGCCACGCAAGAACCUGCCUCGUGCCAUCUACAUCUCUAUCCCUCUGGUGACUCUGGUUUACACGCUGACCAACAUCGCUUACUUCUCCUCCAUGACCCCUGAGGAGCUGCUGGCCUCCAACGCUGUGGCAGUGACAUUUGGAGAAAAGCUCCUGGGCGUUUUCUCCUGGGUGAUGCCGAUCUCUGUGGCUCUGUCCACCUUCGGAGGAAUCAACGGAUACCUGUUCACCUCCUCCAGGUUGUGUUUCUCAGGGGCCAGAGAGGGUCACCUGCCCUACCUGCUGGCCAUGAUCCACCUGAAGAACUGCACCCCGAUCCCCGCCCUGCUGGUCUGUUGCAUUGCCACAAUAGUGAUCCUAUGUAUAGGAGAGACGCACAACCUGAUCAACUACGUGUCCUUCAUCAACUACCUGUCCUAUGGUGUGACUAUCGCAGGCCUCCUCUACCUCCGCUGGAAGAAACCAAACCUGCUGAGACCCAUCAAGGUAAACUUGCUGAUCCCCAUCAGCUACAUGAUUUUCUGGGCCGUGCUGCUGUGCUUCAGUCUGUACUCUGAACCGGUGGUUUGUGGCCUGGGAAUGGUCAUCAUGCUGACUGGCGUCCCCGUCUACUUCCUGGGUGUUCAGUGCAAGAACAAACCCAAAUGGAUCUACAGACUGGUUGAGAGAAUUACAUACAUGGGCCAGAAGUUGUGCUUUGUGGUGUUUCCUCAGCAGGACCCCUCAGAGACCGAACCCCUCACCUCCUCCAAAGCCAACGACUGAGCACAGCAGUCCACCAUGGAUUCCCUUUUUCUGUCAAUACUCCACAGUUGAAAUAUUUUUUUUUUUACCCUGUUCUGUUUGGUUGGUUUCUUCACGGUGAAGAGAUGCAUAUAUCCAUGUCUUUGUCCAGAUGAUAGUGUGAAUGGAGCUGUGCUGAAGCUCCGGUACAAAGGGAGUGAAAGGUGAUAUGAAUAUGAGUGGCAUUAGGGUGUUCAGCCGAGACACAGGUUUUUUAUUCGUUAGUCUGCCGGUACUGUCUAUCUCUUCCUCUCACCAGAAAGCCGAGUCCUCUCUGUCAUGUGAACCUCCUCCUUCCCUCUCUUCGCUCAAACAACCUCCAGCUGUCUUCCUGUUUUCAUUUCCAAGAUUAGUCGUGGUGUUUUUUUUUUUUUUUCAGUAGAACUAAAUCCUUUCACGAUUGUGCCUUAUUGAAAAAUGGGAAUAUUGUAUUUGUAUAUGUCGGUGUGGCGGAGUAGUCUGUGGGUAUUUUGGGUGGGUAAUCACUUGUGAAUAACUUUUAAAGUGGGAGUAUGCAGGGAUUUGAUAGCACUUAGCAAUAUUCUUCUCUAUCUGCUGCUGCUAUCCGCUCUUUUUAACUUAUCAAUAAUUUGUACUAUUUGUCUAGUUUGGAGAAACAUUUCUUUGCGUCGGUAUCUUUUUCCAGCGACUGUGUCUAUCUGCCCAUUCCUUUUGCUUGAUACUGCCUCUCCUCUUGUUUUUACUCUUUCUCCUCUGAGAGAUACUGUCAGUGCCUUUGUGUGAAUAUUACAGUGAGGAGCUACUUAACUCAUCUUACCUUUCCUUCCUCACAGUAUUAAUUGGACAGGAAGGAUGGGAGGAGGUGGAAUGGGAGGAUUCUUGAGGUUUGGCUUUGGCCUCUCUUAAAAAAAACAACAACAACAAAAAAAAAAAACAAUGAACAAGCUUCAUCUUGACGGCAGUUUUUUGCACCUGUUUUAGCCUUCCUUUGGUCUCUGACUUGAGCAGCUCCACCCAGUGUUUGUACUGAGCUUGAUGUUUUGGGAAGUGUUCCCAUCUCUGGGAAUGUCACUGUGAACUCUCUCAAGGUGCUUAACCAGCCAAGACUGUUAAUACACAGAUUUCUAACUUGACCAUAUGUAUGAUACAGUCCUUACCACUAAACAUGUCAGUGUAUAACGGUAAAAGCCAUAUUGACAGAUAGGUGGAUGGUUAUUUGAGAAACACUGGCCUUUUGUUGGCUGGCAGUGGAUGUUCACUUGUACAAGGCCUUGUUCCCAUUUUCACUGACUCAUUAUGGCCCCAUUCACUUACAAUGGACUCACAGACUUAUUGCAUUCUCAUUGACUUACUAUGAUCUCACUGACUUACUGUAGCCCAAUUUACAUUCUGUUGUCCCAUUGAUUUACUGUGGUGCCAUUGACUUACUGUGGUCUCUUUAGAUUAUUGUUCUCAUUGACUUAUUAUGUUCCCACUGACUUACUAUGGUCUUAUUGACAUACUAAGCCUUAACUGAUUUACUAUGGCCCCAUUUACUUAUUGCAGCCCCUUUAACAUAUUGUGAUCCCAUUCACUUGUUAGGAACUGUACUGGCUUUAUACAGCCCUGUUGACUUAAGGUUGUACUGACUUACCAUGGUCACACUGACUCACUAUGGUCCCAUUAAUGCCUCAUAAUCUCAAUGAUGAGCCAGUGAAUUACACUGCUACCACCUCAUUAUUAUAGUCAAAUUGACUUAUGGUUGUAGUGACUUAACAUGGUACUGCUAACUUACUACCUUGUCACUGACUGAACUAUUGAUUCAGGAGGUGCUGGUGUUGAGAUGUGUUUGCAAAUCCAGCCCAGUGAUACGUUUGGUUUUAGUGGUUUUGUUCAUAGGCUGGUUAUGCUGCAUGUUGACAUGAACGCAUGUAGGUCUGGGCCUUUUAAGUAUGUCAUAAAAAUAGCAGGCUUGGGCACAGACUGUAUUUUCUGUCCUGUGCUUGUUGGGUGUUUCCUCCCCCUCCCUGCUUCAAACCCACAAAAAGAGACGCACAUACCACACUCAGACAGCUACAGACGUGUAUGUUUCUCUGCUGUGUCCAGACGCCGUUAGCUCAGAUCUGUAAAUACUGUGUAAAGAAGAAACUGUUAAAAACGCGUCAGGCACUCAUGAGAAGGUCACAUUCCUUGGACAUGUUAUGAUACAUUUACAUACAGUAUGAGUGACAGAUUUUAUUUGUGUAAUUCUGUGUUUUGUAAAAGCGUGUGAAGAUGUUAAAGAAUAACAAUG